GUUUGUUACCUCCUCUGCUGCUGCUGAUGGCGAUGCAAUCCAAGGCCCAGCGACAGACCCCAUCGUCAUCAGCAUCGUCCAAUCAUCUCUUCUCAGAAACGCACCAUCAGCAUCACCUCUUCCUCUGCUCAAAUUCGAUCUCAACCGUCCAUUCAUUCUGUAAGUCUUCUGCCCCUCUCUCCUCCUUCCCAUCCAUGCCCAUUUCUUCCUUUUUCUUUCUUUUCUUCGCCUUCUUUGGUUUGGGGUUUUUUCUCCAGAACUAGGGUUCUGUUUACAGAAAUUCUAGGGUUGUUCUUCAACCCGCUGGAUCUCAGCAUCAACAACUCAGAUUCGUCGGCUUUGUCGUCCCACAUUCGUUUCGGAUUUCUGGAAUUUCUUUCUAUUUCCUCUUUUUCUCCCACAAUUUUUUGGGGGGUUAUUUUUCAGGCUUCGAAAGCUUGAUUUUCUAGCCCCCGGCUCAUUUUAGCGUCGAUUGUUGGGCGUCAUGGCGGAAUCGGUCGAUGUCAUUUUGGAGUUCCUGAAACAGAAUCGCUUCACGCGGGCUGAGGCAGCUCUCCGCCGUGAGCUCAGUGGCCGAUUGGAUUUGAAUGGAUCGGUUCCGAACCUUCUUUCGGAGGGAAAAGACGCUGGCAGUGAUCGGAUGGCAGAAGAAGGAAAUGAUGAGAAAACAGCGGUAAAAGGCGGCAUUGGACACUCUCAAAGUGGCGAAGUUUCGAAAGAACUUAUAGUCAAGGAGGUUGAUUGCAGGACAGUUGGAAAUGGGGCUAACAUGAAAUUUAAAUCCGCGUCUGUUGGGGAAAGAAACAAGGCUGGUGAAUUCUCUGGGUCAAGUGAAAAGAAUGGUUUGGAUGAUCUGUACUUGUGGAAUUCGAAUCCUGAAAAUGGCAACAUGGGCCCUUUUCUGAAAGAUGGCUGUGUGGUCACUAGCAAUUUUUCGGAGCUUCAAUUGUCUGGGCAAUCAAAAUCUCGUUCUGUCCCAGUUCCCAACCCAAGGAGUUCAGUUGGAACGGUUGAUUUUGGACAGAGCUAUGGGACCGGGUCGGGGGAGCAAAGAAUGUCAUGGGUCGGAAGCACAAGUAAAACAAGCAGCGAAAUGAAGCAUGAGAGUAAUAGGACAGGGGACAGUUACUCUAAAGAGCAUAUAUUGGAUAAUUUGUGGUCAAUGGGUGAGGGACCCGUGCAUUCUUCUUUGGACAUAUGGAAGGAGUGCUCUGUAAAGACUGUUUUGCCAUUCCCGAUGGCGGAUGCGUCAUCCUGUUAUGAUAGCAUUUUCAGUUCCAGCGAUAGUAGAAAAGAAGGGAGGCAGAAAUCUGAACGGAUGGAUAUUGGGAGCUUGGAUUUGCCGCCUGUGGCAGAGAACCACAAGGAAGAGCUGCCACGGUUGCCGCCUGUUAAGCUCAAGUCGGAGGACAAAACAAUGAAUAUGCAUUGGGAGGAGAAGGACAAUUAUCGUGGGCCCGGAGCAAAGAUGUCGAGUACUGACAAUGACUUUUUGGUGGGAUCAUUUAUCGAUGUUCCAUUCGGGCAAGAAAUCAACUCUUCAGGUGGAAAGAGGACUGUUGGAAGUAGCUGGCUAUCCGUAAGUCAGGGAAUCGCUGAGGAUACAUCUGAUUUAGUUUCUGGUUUUGCAACUGUUGGUGACGGCGUGAGCGAAUCUAUUGACUAUCCAAAUGAAUAUUGGGAUUCUGAUGAAUAUGAUGAUGACGAUGAUGUUGGAUACAUGAGACAGCCUAUUGAAGAUGAGGCCUGGUUUCUGGCUCAUGAGAUUGACUACCCAAGUGACAAUGAGAAGGGAACAGGGCAUGGAAGUGUUCUGGAACAGCAGGAAAGAGGACCAACAAAAGAUGGGGAUGAUGACCAAUCUUUUGCUGAAGAGGACUCUUUUUUCUCUGGCGAACGGUAUUUUCAGACAAAAAAUAUCCAGCAAGUUUCUGCAUCUGAUGAUCCUGUAGGGCUUUCAAUGGCUUCAAUGUAUGGAAGAAGAGAUGAAAAUGAUUUAAUAGCUCAAUAUGAUGGACAAUUGAUGGAUGAAGAGGAGCUAAAUUUGAUGCGUGCAGAACCUGUUUGGCAGGGUUUUGUUACUCAGUCAAAUGAACUUACCAUGUUUGGAGGCAAUGGGAGAGUUCUCAACGAGUGUGGACGGCCACAGCCAGAUGAUUUAUGCAUGGAAGAUGAUCAACAUGGUUCAGUCAGAUCUAUCGGUGUAGGAAUCAACAGUGACGCUGCUGACUUCGGCAGUGAAAUACGAGAAAGUUUGGUUGGGGGGAGUAGUGAAGGGGACUUGGAAUACUUCCGUGAUCGCGAUGCUAGUAUUGGUGGGUCCAGGCAUUCUCAGCAUUACACAGACAAGGGUUAUCUUGAGCAACCAGCCAGGGAUAGAUCAAAUAAAACCAAACCAGAUACAAAUAAGUAUAUUGUAGGAGCUGAAAAGGGUUCUCUGGGAGUGAGUUUUACUGAGAGUGGAUUUUCAUUCCCACCCCCUUUGAGAGCUGUGGAUGUGGUGCAGGAGGACCCUGGCAGAACUUUAUGGUCAAGCAAGGGCAAGUUGGUGACCGGUGAUGAAGCAGAUAAACAUGGCAAUGGUUUGAUGGGGACUGACGAUAUGCUUGCCACAUGGAAGCGAAAAAAUAGUGAUUCUUCACCUGGGAAGAGCUCUAGGGAUGAAAAUAUUGCUGACCCAGCAACAAAUUCAACUGCAUCGACACUCUCAAAUGAUGGUUAUCCUGAAAGAGAGUUUGUCAAGAAAGAUCAAGAUGACAAAGCAGGUGAUGUAAUAGAAGGAGAUCCAGGAACAAUGCUAGAAGAUGAAGAAGCAGCAGCUGUACAAGAGCAAGUAAGACAGAUAAAGGCUCAGGAGGAAGAAUUUGAAACCUUUAACCUCAAGAUUGUGCAUAGGAAAAACAAAACUGGCUUUGAGGAGGAUAAAAACUUCCAUGUUGUUCUGAAUUCAGUGAUUGCUGGUCGUUAUCACGUUACGGAAUUUCUAGGAUCAGCUGCAUUCAGCAAAGCUAUUCAAGCGCAUGACUUGCACACAGGCAUGGAUGUCUGUGUGAAGAUUAUAAAGAACAACAAAGACUUCUUUGAUCAGAGCCUUGAUGAGAUAAAGCUUCUCAAGUUUAUUAACAGGAAUGAUCCUGCUGACAAGUACCAUAUUCUCCGUUUGUAUGAUUACUUCUAUUAUCGUGAGCAUCUGUUGAUUGUGAGUGAACUUCUCAAGGCAAACUUAUAUGAGUUUCACAAAUUCAAUAGAGAAUCUGGGGGGGAGGUUUAUUUUACAAUGCCAAGGCUGCAGUCAAUUACCAUUCAGUGUUUGGAGGCACUUCAAUUUUUGCAUGGCCUGGGUCUCAUACAUUGUGAUCUGAAGCCUGAGAACAUCUUGGUAAAAAGCUACAGCAGGUGUGAAGUGAAGGUCAUCGACCUCGGAAGUAGUUGCUUCCAAACAGAUCAUCUGUGCUCAUACGUACAGUCUCGGUCUUAUCGUGCACCUGAGGUUAUUUUGGGUCUUCCAUACGAUAAGAAGAUAGAUAUUUGGUCACUUGGGUGCAUCUUGGCAGAACUUUGCACUGGAAAUGUUCUCUUCCAAAAUGAUUCGCCGGCAACGUUACUUGCACGCGUACUUGGAAUCAUAGGUUCCAUUAACCAGAGCAUGCUCGCCAAGGGACGGGAUACAUACAAAUAUUUUUCAAAGAAUCAUAUGCUCUAUGAACGGAAUCAGGACACCAACAGGCUCGAAUACCUGAUCCCGAAGAAGACGUCUUUGCGGCACCGAUUGCCAAUGGGGGAUCAGGGCUUUAUUGACUUUGUUGCCCAUCUUCUAGAAAUAAACCCAACAAAGCGUCCGACUGCAUCUGAUGCUCUGAAACACCCAUGGCUCUCCUAUCCAUAUGAACCCAUCUCAUCUUGAGUCGUGCCAGCUAUGAUACCCCAUCAAAUGUUUAGAUUGUUACCAUGAGCUGCACUGAAGUUGUGUUUUAAAAGAACAGGGGCUGGUCAGCGAUCCUACGUGAGAAUGGGCCUUGCAGAAUGUCCAGCGAAUGCUUUCAUGAUGGAGACUUCGCAGGCCCUGCCAUGUCCCCGAUUUUGUGGAUCUCUCUGUCUCUCACUCCUGAACCAUGUUGAAUCUCCUAACCUGCUGUAACUCGGAAUGUAAUUUUUAUUUUUUUAUUUUUGGCAUGCACGAGUAUUUUGUGGGGAGAAGGAAAUCUCCCUCUUGUGUGUAUAUAUAAUGUGGUUAUGAUUAUUUUUUUGAAAUGCUUUAGUGAUGGUUUUCUGGAUUGGAGUGAGAACUGUUAAGUUGCGGGUUUUCAUUUCUUAUAAAUGAUUCAAGAAUUAUGGCUGGGGAAAUGGCCAAUCAGAUGUACAUGGUUUCUUUGA